AUGAAGUUAUUGUGGUUAAGCUUAGUGUUGGGAUCAAUCAUAAGGCUUGUGCUUGGUGCCACUGUCGAAGGGUUCUUGGAAUUACCUGGAGAAUUGACGAAUUUAGAUUUGGUUCAUACAUCAAUUGAUCUCCAAGAGAUAACAACUGAUUUGGAUAGAAACCCAAUCAAGAGAAGUGCAUUCAUCAAUCACGAAGGUGUUUUCAAAUUUAAUCAAGUGCCAAAAGGCUCAUAUAUCUUAUCAUUGGCUCACAUUGAGUAUAAUUUAGUCCCUUUCAAAUCAAGAGUUGAUGUUGAUGAUGCUGGUGAAGUUUCUGUGCAUUUAGUUCAAGGUGCUCAAAAAUGGGAGGAAACUGGACUUGAAAUUCCACAUCCUAUUAGAGUCAUCCCGAAUACUAAAUUCCCAGAAAGACAAUAUAUCAAGAAAAGAGUUCCAGGUAUUUUAGAAAGUGGACCAAUUGCUACAGUGGUUAAUAAUCCAUUAUAUUUGGCUGGUAUUUUCUUUGUCAUUAUAGCAGUUGCUGCCCCAUAUCUACUAGAGAAAUUCGAUCCUGAAGCUGCAAAAAUAAUGAAGGAAACUAAGGCUCAAAGACAAAGUAGAUCUAGUGCAGCUGCUUUGAAAGCUGCAGAUAAUACACUAAACUUUGACAUUGGGGAAAAGAUUGGGAACAGCAGGGCUGCCAAAGUAGGAUCAGAUGAAUCCAGGAAGUGA